AGUUACAUAAUUCCCAAAUGAUCCCAAUGGAGAACAGUACAGAGGUGACUGAAUUCAUUCUUCUGGGGUUAACCAAUGACCCAGAACUGCAGAUCCUGCUCUUCAUAACCUUUUUUCUCAUCUACAUCAUCACUCUGGUUGAGAAUCUGGGGAUGAUACUGUUGAUCCUGCUGGACUCUCAUCUUCACACUCCCAUGUACUUUUUCCUCAGUAACCUCUUUCUGGUGGACUUUGGUUACUCCUCAGCUGUUACUCCCAAGGUAAUGGCAGGGUUUCUCACAGGAGACAAAAAUAUCUCCUACAAUGCUUGUGCCACUCAGUUCUUCUUUUUUGUAGCCUUUAUCACUGUGGAAAGUUUUCUCUUGGCUGCGAUGGCUUAUGACCGCUACGCAGCAGUAUGCAAACCCCUUCAUUACACCACCACAGUGACAACAAAUGUGUGUGCUCUUCUGGCCAUAGGCUCUUAUGUCUGUGGUUUCCUCAAUGCUUCCAUCCACAGCGGGAACACUUUCAGGCUCUCCUUCUGUAGAUCCAAUGUGAUUGAUCACUUUUUCUGUGAUGCUCCUCCUCUUCUGGCUCUCUCAUGUUCUGACAGACACAUCAGUGAGACAGUUAUUUUUUUUGUAGUAGCUUUCGAUGCCCUCUUUUCUAUCCUAAUAAUCUUGAUCUCCUAUUUGUUUAUAUUUACCACUAUCCUGAGAAUGCAUUCAUCUGAAGGAUGCCAGAAAGCCGUUUCCACCUGUGCUUCCCACCUCACUGCAGUUUCCAUCUUCUACGGGACAGGCACCUUCAUGUACUUACAACCCAGCUCCAGUCAUUCCAUGGGCAAAGACAAAAUGGCAUCUGUGUUCUAUGCGAUAGUCAUCCCCAUGCUUAAUCCUCUGGUCUACAGUCUUAGGAACAAAGAGGUCAAGAGUGCCUUUCAGAAGGCUGUUGGGAAGGCAAAGUCUUCUAUAGGAUUCAUAUUUUAAUUAUAUAG